CUGUGAUACGGACCGCCCAUGUCAUGUACAAAAUCCUUUCAACUGCCGAAUAAAGGUAUAUGCAAUGCACAUUUGAACGAAAUAUGCCCUAAUUAUAGAUACAUAUUUCUUCCUCCAAUUUAUAUUUCAAUUGAGCAAAUCGGGGAUGACUGUAAAUAAUGAAGUUGUGCUGUGUUGCUCAGACUAGCAGACGGUGUCACUUCCUCAAACAGGACACUUUUGUCUUGAUCAGGGAAUUAUGACUUUAGACAACAUUUCCUCUUUAAAGAAGGCACUGUAGCUCGUUGUGAUAAACGCUUUCUUACACUUUUGCCAAAGGAGGUUUCAUAUCAACUGGCUGGCUAGUUCAAAAUUCAAAAUGUUCAGUUUCAUGAAAAAAGAUAAGGAAAAGGACAAAGAGAAGAAGGAGAAGAAAAAGAAAGAUGACAAACAAGAAAAGAAAGAAAAAAAAGAAAAAAAAGAGAGGCAAAGUAUAACUCCUGAAGAAAUGUCCCGACUAGAAGAAAUUAAGAGAGGAGUUUUUCACCGGUUAAGCGAUAAAGAUCGAAAGGGUCAUAGGUCACAACUGGAUUCACAGCAGACUGUCACCAAGAGCGAUAGCAGCGAAAGUAACCUUAGUGCCGCAAGUUCUUCAGGAGGUCCGAGCAGCCCUAGUACAGAAGUGGCUGUUUCCGCUACAGCGGUAACACAAUCUGUGCCAGCUCAGAAGACGAGGCCAAAUGUGAUGCCAAAACCUCGAGGGAUCUUAAAGGGACAAAACAAACUACCUGGAUAUGACACAUCUGUUAACAUCAGCAAAGAAAGUCUUGAUGAUCCUCAUACACUAAGAAAAAAUACUCGUCUUAACGAGAUGUCAGGUGCGACUGAAGUAAUCGAAUCUGAGGUUUCCCUGAACUUAAGUGCAUCACCAUCUCCAGCUGCACUUAAGUCAAUUUCUGCUGAGGACACUGUACAUGGAGAAAAAACCUUUGGAGACAAGAAUUUACCCCUGCCACCAUUAAUACCAGCAAAACCACCAAAAAUGCGAGAAGUUGUUGUCAAUAGAAAUGCUGCUGGUGGUUUUGGAUUCAGUCUACGCAAAGGCACUCUUAUAAGUGAAGAUGGACAAACAUUACGAAAUGUUGUCUUUGCAGAGCCUGGCAGUGGUCCCAGUAGUACCAACAGUGGCCUAUUGCCUGGUGACAGGCUUGUGCGAAUUAAUGGAAAAAAUGUAGAGACUUGGACACGGGAGGAAAUAGUGGAAUUAAUUAAGACUGCUGGAGACACACUGGAGCUGCAAGUGCAACCUAUUCCAGAACUGAUUGAGCUUAGUGUGCGGCCUGGCAAGGAUGGCAGUGCAGUGGAUAUGCAAGAGGAUGUAGUCAAAGGUGGAACACUUCGCCGCAGUGGCAGUGUGCGCUAUAAAAAGCCUGCCAAGUCAGAAGAUGAAGUGCAACUGGAGCGCCAGUGGCUGGAGGCUGACAGAGUGUGGCUGGUUCACAAGACUGGCUUCACCUCUGCUAUGCUCCUGCCAGCUGAUGGAGGUGGCUCUUCUGAUGGCACCGUAAAGAUCAAACUAGACAGCGGAGAAAUCCUUGAUGUGGAGGAGGAAGAUGUGGAGAAGGCAAAUCCCACCCAGCAGGAUCGAGUUGAAGAUUUGGCACUGCUGCGAUAUGUUAAUGAGUCGAGUGCACUGCAUGUAUUGCGGCAGCGUUUUGCGGGUCAUCUACCCCACACAUAUGCAGGCCCAUCACUCAUCGUCAUCAACCCAACACAGCACCUGCCAAUCUACUCAGAGAAGUUGAUCCACAUGUUCAAAGGCUGUAAACAAGAGGAUCUACCCCCUCAUGUAUACUCUGCUGCUCAGAUUGCUUACCGUGACCUGCUUGCCUCCAGGAGGGACCAGUCCAUUCUCUUUCUUGGACGUAGUGGGUCUGGCAAGACCUGUUCUUUACAACAUUGUCUGCACUAUCUGAUUGGAGCAGCUGGCAGUAUCAACAACAUUUUGACAGUGGAGAAGCUGUCUGCAAUCAACAUUCUGCUGCAGUCUUUUGCUAACUGUAGGACACUGCUCAAUACCAAUGCCAGUCGCUACAUGCAGAUUACCACUUUAGACUUCGACCCAUCGGGUGUCAUUGGAUCUGCUUCAAUUCAGGUAUUGCUGUUUGAGAAAAGUCGCUUGGUUCGCAGGCCAGAGGGGGAACCCACCUUUCAUAUUUUUUAUCAGCUGCUGGCUGGAGUGGAAGCACAGCUAAGGAAUGAACUUAGUCUUCAGAACCUUACGGAGCCAAAUCCUUAUAUGACUCCCCUCCAGAAACUGCUGCCCUCACCAGAAGACCGACAGCAGGCAGCAAAUAAAUUUGGCUGUGUGCAGCAGGCCUUCCAGUCCAUUGGAGCUUCUGAAGAAGAAACCAAAGCAGUAUAUUGUAUUCUAGCAGCCAUUUAUCACCUGGGCAUUGCAGGAGCUAGCAAAGGGCCUCACAACAAAUUCCAGUUCACAAGGCCAGCACCUGCUCAAAGGGCUGCGUCCCUCCUAGGGACAACCACAGAAGAACUUGCACGCUGUAUCUUUACUGCUGGGGGAACGUCAACCUUGUCUCGCAGCACAUCUUUCAGGGUGAACAGUGCACUGGACAAGACCGGCUAUCAUGCUGCAGACACCAAUACCUCGGUCACAGAGGCCUUGGAGGCUUUCCUAGUGGGCCUGUACUCUGAUGUCUUGAACGCUGUUGUUUCUCUGAUCAACAGAUCACUGUCAUCUAAUGUGCGUACCAUGUUUUCACUAAUGUUACUGGAUGCCCCUGGUUUUCAAAAUCCAUCCUCGUGUGGCCGACAGACUGGCGCAUCUUUUGAGGACUUUUGCAGUAAUUAUGUUCAGGAGCGAUUUCAGUUAUUCUACCAUGAAAACACGCUGACUGCACCUCAGGACAGAUAUGCUCAGGAAAACAUAGAUUGUGACUUUGACCUGGUGACCAGCAGUCCAGCUGCCAUGGUAUCUCUCUUUGACCAAGCACCUCAGCAGGCAUUGGUGCGGGCACCAAGCACUGAUGUCAAGAACUCCGAGAAGAAGGGACUUCUGUGGAUCCUGGAUGAGCAGGCCAUGUUCCCCGGAGCCUCAGAAGACAGCUUUUUAGAGAGGGUCUUUGCACAGCAUGGAGAGCAACAAGUUCGCAAAGACACUUUACUGCGAAAGGGUUCCCUUGGACAGACCUUUAUUCUGAAUCAUAACCAGGGUACAGCACCUGUUCAGUACAAUGCCACAGGAUGGCUUCGUCUUUGUCGUGAUAACCCAAUCUCAAAGAAUUCCACCAUCUUGCUGCAGGGCUCUAAACAGCCAGCUAUUAGCGAGCUGUUUGGCAGCAUCAAGGGGGCUCUUGGUGGUUUCGUCAGCGGAUCAGUUGCGGGCAUGGAGGGCUCCACCACCCUGCGCCGUGUAGGCAGCAUGAGGAGGACUUUCAUGUCUGGCACGGCUGCCCUCAAGAGAAAGUCCAUCAGUAUUCAAGUCAAGUUUCAAGUUGACUCCGUGAUGGAAAUGUUGCGUAAGACACAGCCGCACUUUGUCUUCUGCUUUCUCCCCCAGCACACAGCUGGGUUGUGUGAACUACGUGAAAAAUCUAGUGUGGAUGAUGUUCAGGUCAACAUACCUUUGCUUCGCUUACAGCUUCGUGGCUUCGAAAUCCUUGAUGCUCUUCGCCUACACAGACAAGGCUUCCCAGAAUUCAUGCAGUUUGGAGAGUUUUUGCAAAAGUUUCACUCAGCAGCAGGCACCUUGUCUCGUUCAAUGUCUGAUAUGGAUGAGAAGCAGGCUGUUUUGCAAGUGCUGGACAAUCUGGAUGUUGACAGACUGAAUUACAGAGUUGGCCUCAGCAAGGUAUUUUUCCGACAAGGUGUUCUGUCCCAGCUAGAGGCUGGUCGUGAUGAAAAGUUAACAGGCAUCAUCACCCAACUUCAGGCACUGUGUCGGGGCUAUCUUAGCCGCAAAAAAACCGAUCGACUCAGAGUAAAGCAUCUGGCAGUGCGAUGUAUUCAGCGUAAUGUGCAGAAGUACAUGCUAAUUCGUGAGUGGCCCUGGUGGAAGCUGUACACCAAGGUCAAGCCUAUCCUCAACGUACACCGCACAGAGGAGGAGCUUCUGGAGGCACAGGCAGAGCUGGAGGCAAUGAAGACAAAGGUAGAGAAACUAGAAAAGGAGCGCAAUGAAUACAAGGCAGCUUGCGACAAACUUGAGACCAGGCUGACUGAGGUUACAGCAGAUCUGGUGGAGGAAAACACAGCCUCCACACAAGCAAGUGAGCUGCUGGAGGCCGAGUCAGCAGAGCGGAUGCGUUUGGAGAAGGAGCUGAAGGACUUGCAGGCCAAGUAUGUACCUCUCAAGCGCCAGAAUGAGAAACUACAGAUGGAGGUGAUGCAGACAAGAGUAUGGCAGGCACAGUCUGUGGAGGAGGAACUAGAAGAGGAUGUAGACAGCAGAGAUGUGUCCGUGUACAAGGAGAGAUGUGAAAAGUUGCUACGGGAGCUGCAGAUGAUAAAAAAACAGUUUCAGCAGCAGCAUGAGGAGGACAUGGAGCAGGAGUUGCAGGCUCGCAAAGUAUUGGAGAAACGGCUGCAGGAGGCCGUGGAGGAAGCAGAAGAGCAACGACGCCAGGUACAGGUGGCCAAGAAGAAAGCCCAACGCCUGGCAGGCGAGAUGCAGGACAUCAAGCUGCAUUUGGAAGAACAGAUGGCCCGCAAUAAUGAAUUGGAGCGAAAGCAGCGCAGAUUUGACAGCGAGCUGAGCAUGGCCCAGGAGGAUAUGAAAGAGGAGAAACAUCUGCGAGAAAAGCUUCAGAAAGAGCGGGACACGCUGCUAGCAGAAAAAUACACUUUGGAUCAAUCAAUACUGAGCCUUAAAAUGGAUCAUGAAUCUGCAUCAGAAAAAGCAGAUCGCCUUGAAAAGGAGCUAAAUGAUAUUUUGGUCUCAGGGAAAGACAACUCUGAGGUGGUGUCACUGAAGCGUGCCAAACAUGAGCUGGAGCUGAAGCUGAGGGAACAGGAGGAGGAGCUGGAUGACCAGGCUGGGCAGAUUCAGCAGCUAGAACAAACCAAACUGCGACUGGAAAUGAACAUUGAGAAACUCAAGCAGCAGCACACCAGGGAGCUGGAGGACAAGGAGGAGGACCUGGAGGAGAUGAGGACCAAGACACAGAAGAAGCUGCGACAGCUAGAGGCCCAGCUGGAGGAGGAGUAUGACGAAAAGAGACGAGUGAUGGAGGAAAAGCAAAAUUUAGAGCGUCAGCUGAAUGACAUGGGCGCUCGAGCACCUUCACAUGAUAGAGAUACAGAGAAACGACUGCGCCGUAAUCUGAAAAAGACUAAAGCCUUGCUGGCAGAUGCAGGCACUAUGCUGGCCAAACAGAAGAACCUAGACAGCGCCAAGCAACAGAUUGCUCAGCUGCGUAACCAGUUGGAUGAUGCAGCAUUCUCAGCCAGUUCAGCACAGAAGGCCAAGAAGCGCAUGGAACUAGAGAUCCAAGACCUUCAUCAGCAGAUUGAGGAGCUGUCACGGGCCAAACAGGAGGUGGAGGCACGAAAUAUGACCUUGUUGCGAGAAAAAGCUGAUGUCCAGACACAAUUGGAGGAAAAUGAAGAUGACAUGGCUGAAGUGAUGAAAAAAUAUAAGGCUGCUGUGCAGAAGCAAUCAGUGGACCAGAUCACCCUGAAUGACCAGCUGCAGCAAAUAGAAGAACUAUCAAGAGAGCGGGAUGAGCUUCGUCAGCAGGUGGCAGAUCUAAGUGCUCGGGUUCAAGGAUAUGAAGAAGGGAGUGUGGACAAACAUGCUGUAAAACGACUCGAGACCAAAAUUCGUGACCUUGAGAGCCGCUUAGAGCUUGAACAAUCUCAGCGACAGCGUUCUGAAACACAAUUAUCACGAUACAAGGAGCAGCUAGAGAAAGGGGCUUCAGAGAGAGACGAUCUGGUCACUGCUAAAACAUCUGCGGAGGAGGUGUGCAAGCGAGCUCAGAAACAGCUGAGAGAGCUGCGUGAUGAGCUGGCGGAGGCUCAGAAACGUGAAAUGGAGGCAGUGCACAAGAGCAAGGAGCAGGAGCGGGAAGUAGAAGCGCUGGAAGAAGAGCUGGCCCAAUGUCGUGCAGAUCUCAAGCUAGCUUUCAAGCGAAUAUCAGACCUGCAGGCAGCGCUGGAAGAGGAGCUGGACUCUGAUGAGGACAGUCUUCAACUGGGUGACAGUGACUUUGAUGAUUCUGAAGAUGAAGGUAAUGAUGAUCUAGACACGUAUCUUGGCAAUCACCAUGCAGCAGGCAAGGGGAAUGGCAUGGGCCAAACUGCAGGCAGUUCUGAUAAAAUCAAGAUGCAGAUCGGAGAAAAUGGAACUGCUGAAGCAUGAGUACCUUGGAUGGAUGCAACAAACUGUGAUCAUUGCCCUGAAUCCUUUGAUACUUACUGUGACAACACUGCAGGCAAGUGUGUGAUGCUGGCCGUGUCUGAGGGCAGUGCACAUGUGUAAGGGCUAUAAGCAGUCAGUAUUAGGGGAUAUUAAUCUUCCUUUUCCAGACAUCUUGCAUUAAACUGCCGCCAUUUUCCUUGUCUUAGGCAGCUUGGACGGACUUCAGAUAUGCUGCCAUCAUUUAGGAGCAUAGACUGAUCGGUCUGAUCCUUUAGAAGAAUACUGCUAUGUUUUUUUGGUGGGUCCAACUUAUUUAUAUCAUUUUAUGUGAAAUGUGUACAUCACAGCUUACAUAAAUGUUAGUUUAAGGCAGGAAGUGGGAAACUUGAUUGCUGCAUCAAGUAGUGUGAAAUGCUACAUUGCACAUUAUCAUUUGAUAAUUCAGUUGUCUUUUUUCUGUGAUUAUGCAGUUGAUGUUUUAUGGCUCACCAGUGGUUGAAGAAUAAGAGGACAUCAAAUUAUCGCAUCUCUUUCAAGAAUUUAGCAUUCACUGUUGUAAGUUUGUGGUGAUCACCGUUAUAUCCUUCACAAUAUCUGGAAAUGUCUCUUUGUUGUGUUGAGGAUGGUGGUGGACUUGGAAAGAUGUCUUUUCUUUCCACAAUUGGCAUCCACUGGGUUCACUUGGUCAUUAGGCUAGGUCACUUGUCAUAAGGCUAGGAGCAUUUGGAUUGCAUGUUACUGCUGCUCUUGCAAAGUGAAGUAUUUUGAUCUCAGUGCCUUGUAUAGUUUACCAGGGUUGUAAAGAGCUGGUGUGAGGGUCACCAUAGUGGUUUGUAGUGUUCCUCCUGUACAAGUGUGUUUAAUGACAGUUCUUUUGCCAAACCCUUAUACCUAAUUGUUUUCAAGGCUGUGUGCUUAUGCAGUGCCUAAACCUUCAGUUAUUCAGGUUUUGCAUAUAACCAGUGACGACAAUUGUGCUGUGUUAAAUAAACUGCAAAAUUUAGUGCAGUACAGGUAGCACAGAUACUGGCUGCCAAGAAACUUUGCUUGGGCCUAUCGGGGACUUUAUUGUUGACUGUUUUGAAGUGCUCCUGUGUGCAAUAUGCUGUAGGUAGUAGCAGCAAGAGCUGUUACCAGACUGGUUGGCUGACAUCAUGAAUGUGACAACCUCAGGUGUAUUUCAACACACUUUUGAGCAAUGCCACAGGUUUGUAACAGUUUGUCAUUCUUUUUGGGAUGUGCUGUUCACUGAGGUGGUGUUUUUGCCUUGCCAUUCACAUGGUGCUGUUCAGACCGUGAUAUUACGUGCAUUUCUUUUGUACAAUGUGUCUUCUGAGACACAUGCAUAGUGAAUGUCCUAGGAAGAGGAAUGUGGGAGGUUGUUGACUUGCCUCUGAUUAUAAACAUUUGAUGUGUCCCAAAUAUGUUGUUCAAAGUAGAGAAGUUCAUAGUAAUAGCCAGGUGUCCUGUGGUAGCUAGAGAAACUAUCCAUGCAAUGUGUGGAGCAAAUGUCUUUACAUUUAGCAGGACUUCUGGGGAGAAGAUCAAAAUGUGGUACUUGGCCAACCUAGGGCAGUGACUUGCUCUCCCACAUGUCCACGAUCUCCAUAACAAACCUUCCUCCACAGGCUGAUGCUACACAGUGAUGUAUGCUUUAGGAGCACAUAAAAUCAGGUGCUAAUUUCCUGUUUCAUUAUGUUUUUCAAAGUCUAAUUUCCACUAUUUCAUUUGGUUUUCAAAGUCAUGCAGUUUCUCAAACACUUCAUUGUGCAAAUGUUCCCACAGAAAUUGUUCUUUGGAACAUUGUAGCAUACCAUUUAGAGAAAAUGUUCUGCCUUGUGCUUAGACAGAUUGCUCAGUACACAAUUAUGGCCCACUUGGACAUGCGGACAGCACUGAAAGGGUUCAAGUAUAUGACACUUGUCCAUCAUGACAUCUACAGCACAGUACCACAGCUUCCAUUGUUAACUUAUAAGAAAGGACAAAGUACUUGGUAAACCAAGUUGCAAUCAGUAUUGUGUAGUUUUCUGAUAGUGUAACAGCCUUUUGCUUUGGAGUAAAAUUGUGGCUUGCAGAUGGUAGCAAAGUGUUGAUGGCCCUGACUUUGCCACUUGCAGAUUGUUUCACGUUUCCUUAGCCACCUGGAAGUGUUUGGCAGGAUUUUCAUACACAUGUUCAUAUCUUUGUAAACAAUAACAAAUGACAUGUUUAUAUCUUUGUAAACAGUAACAAAUGACAUAUUUAUAUCUUUGUAAACAGUAAUGAAUUCAGCUCAUUUAGCCUAAUAGAAAGGCUUUUUUUUUAAAUGCAAGUUUUUCUGAAUGCAGUGACUUGUAUGUCUCACUAUCCCUAAUUAAAGCAGACAUAAGCUCACUGCUCUUAUUGCCUGUUAGGCUGUAAAUCAGGGUCUAACAUAUUAACAUAUUAUUUUUUUUUUCUUCAAGGUUUUAUUUGUUAUAAAUAAAAACAGAACCAAAUUUUAAUCAUGCUGUCCUUUUUUUAAUAAUGUAAGCAAGAGAAUGGUAUUUAAAGCAACUUUGAAGGCUAUUUCUAGGGGUCAAAAUUUGCCCGGAUGUGGGUGAUCAGUAAAGUCCUUCCCAACCAGCACAACAGGUCAGGUAGUGGCAUGAGAGAGUUGCCCACUGCCUGUACAUCCAUUUUGGCUGGAGGAUCUACCUUAACAAGAGUGCAAAACUGUGACUGGGUGUAAGACAGGAUCCAAAAAGUACCGUGUAUCAAUAUACUGGAAAUGAGACAGGGUUGUCGAGAGAACAAAAACACCAUGGUGUUUGCAAACCUCAGGACUGAGCAUCAUAACCAGCCCAUGUUUUCACACAUUACAUAAUUUUUUUAAACUUUUUGCCUGACAUAUAUCUCUGGUAUCAUAUUUCACUGGAAUCCUGCAGUUAUCAAAUUAAAGUUUAACACAGAAA